GCGCCUAUUCCUAAAGUUUGCAGUAGUCUGUGAAGUGAACUGCUGUUAUUAUUAUACACUUCAGACUCCGCCUUCUCAAGUGAAGCUCCGCCCUCUAAUGCAAAUUAAUCGAUAGAGAUAGUUACGAAACUACCAGCUGUGCAGACUACGAGGCUGAAAAAUACAUACACCAGGUGACAUGACCCAGGAUUCCGGUCUCUUACAAUCAUCUGUAUUGUCCCCCAAUAAAAUGAAUUGUGCAAAACAGAGACUCCCACGGAAACGUUUGCUGGCUCUCGAAUCUCAAGAGGAGAAGCCCCAGAAGAAGAGAGUGUAUAACCGUAAAGAGCAAAACAAUGCAAAGAACCCAGUUGUGGUGGUGUCGCGUAUUGAUGAAACUAAAGCUGAAACAGCAUCUGAUGAGGACUCGGACCAUGAUGAACUCUAUGAUCAGGAACAAUCUGGCCUGUCAGCAUAUGAACUAGAAAGGUUAAGAAACAUAAAAGAAAAUACAAAAUUUCUCUCAUGUUUGAAUUUGUUUGAGGCUGCUUCAAAUGCUCGUCCUUCCAAACAAAAUCGAAGUCUGACCCGUGGUAUUAAAAGAGAAAAGCCAAAAAAACAGGAGGUAGAGCAUGUAAGGCGUCGUUCCAUGAGACUGCAAAGAAUUGAUCCUUCAGGUGCCCCACUCCCCGACAAGCCUGAACUGCUAGAACCAAUGGUAGAAGAACAUCCAAUGAAGCCUCCAGGUCCUUUCGAGAUGAUUCCCUCCAAUCAGGCAGAUAAAGAAACAGUAGGGAUGUUCAUGACUAUGUGGAAAUCUAUUAGCCAGGAAGAAGUAAGAAGUUGUGAGAAGCCACAACAAGGAAACCUGAAGAAGUAUGCAUCCAGUUUGAAAGCAAUGACUCUAAAGGAGGAAGCCGUCGCAAAAGUUGUUCAGAACCGUAUCUUCUCUGUGGCUAUCCAUCCAUCACGUAGUCAUGCUCUGGUUGCAGCUGGAGAUAAAUGGGGACAAGUAGGACUAUGGGGCCUGGACUUUAAAUCAUCCGAUGAUGGAGUCUGUCUGUUUAUGCCACAUUCCCGACCUGUUAGUUGCAUGUCUUUCUCCGCCGUUAAUGCUGCACAGUUGUUUUCUCUCAGUUACGAUGGAACCGUGCGCUGUGGAGAUGUUUCUCAUGGAGUCUUUGAUGAGGUGUUUCGUGAUGAAAAUGACAGCUUUUCGUCUUUUGACUUCCUGUCAGCUGACUCUAAAGUCCUUUUAGUUAGCCACUGGGACGCCUCCAUCUCAUUGGUGGAUCAAAGGACCCCAGGAACAUCAUGUGAGCUUCAUGCAUCUCUAAGCAUCAAGAGUGUUCGUACAGUGCAUGUGCACCCUCUACAAAGAGACCUUUGUGUUGUAGCUGGUGCAAGGGAUGUAUGUAUCUAUGAUAUUAGGCAGCUCAAGCAGAAGAGAAACCAGCCCAUAUUGUCUCUGCCCGGACACACCAAAUCUGUAGCCUCUGCAUACUUCUCGCCUAGUACUGGCAACAGGAUACUCACCACUUGUGCUGAUGACUGUAUCAGAGUCUAUGAUAGUAGCAAUAUGGGUUCUGUGGCUCCUCUUCUUAAAUCAAUCAGGCACAAUAACAACACGGGUCGCUGGCUGACGCGUUUCCGUGCUGCAUGGGAUCCUAAGCAGGAGGAUUGCUUUGUAGUCGGAAGCAUGGCAAGGCCCAGACAGAUUGAAGUUUUUCAUGAAAGUGGAGAGCUUCUACAUUCAUUUCAGAACGCUGAAUUCCUUGGGUCUGUGUGCUCUAUUAAUGCAAUGCAUCCCAACAGGCAACUGCUAGUGGGAGGAAAUUCCAGUGGAAGGCUACAUGUAUUCCAAGAUUAGCUUUGGCAUCGCCUUCCUGUAAAGACUUUUUGGAGUUGCUUUUUGCAGGGGGCAUACCUAUGUGCUGCUGUUUCCAAGAGGGUAGAGGGGCAGAAUCUCAAAAGAAAAAAAAGAAUAGGAACAAUACCAAAGUGGCUCUAUACUGGGAUGGGGACCCCAAAAUUGCAUUGUCUUUAGGCUUUUGUAUGCAUUAGUGGGAUAUUAUUUAAAUACUAAUAAACAUUGCUGUUUCUGUACAUUUAUUGGAUAGCUUUUACUUAGAAGUCCCUUUUAGUCUGUAAAAAUUUUCCAUGCAAGGGCCUUUUUGUUUUGAAUAAAUAUGGUAUUUUUAUUUUUUUUAAUAAUAUAGCAGAUACAAUUUUAUAUUGCAUAUCAGGCACAAAUUGUCUAUUUUCUUCAUGUUUUCCUCUUUUUUCAUGUCUGUUUUUAUUGUUGCCUGGGAGUGUUUUUUUUCCAUAUAUUUGUUACUAUAUCAUCUGUUUGUCCAAAAAAAAGUUUGUCUACACAAUUUUUGUUAACAUAAAAUUAAACGUAUUGAAAACAAAAUUUCACAUUUUAUAAAAUGCUUUAAAAAGUU